CGCGGCGGCUUCGUGUCCGGUGCAUGUGCUGACCUGACCUGACCAUGAGAGGACUCUUCGGGAGACCCUACAUGAGACCUCACCGUUUGGAGCCCCUCUAGGAAGAGGUCAGCCAGGACAGAUAUCCACAAUGUAAGCGUGAAAAAUGUGUCUCGCUCAUUCCGCUGGAGAACGGAACAUCUGCAUGUCAGGGCUGGGACGCAAAAUCUGCUCGACACUCGCUUGACAACCUUGGCAGCCAAGGGGGCCAUCUUUGAAGAGGGGGCCGCCACCAGGAAGCCCGAGGUUUGGCGGGUGCCUGAUCGACCAAAUACGAUUGAAGCAGGGAAACCCCAGCCUGCACUGCCACCCACAUCGGGGUCGCCCAAGGCCACACGAGUCUGCAUGCCCAGAAACGCAGUCGUCACAAGAACACCUGCCAGGCAGCGUCAAUACACCCUCGUGUCCCCUGACUGGGAAGAAAAAAAAGAGCGACCAACACAAUUCUGGCUCCCUCAACUGCGAAAAUCGCCUUCUGUUCUGUUCUGCGAUCCGCUCUCCAUCCUGGUCAACCCAAGCUGCAAUAUCGACGAACCCAACUUUUCGGCAGCGACCCUCUUUUUGAUUCGAGUUUAUUUUGGAUCUGCGAGAAACACCCCUCCUUCUGGCCCAAGCUCCGGCACCGCCGCACCUUGCCCUGCGUCGUGCGUCACCGUCAGUCAAGGGCCCGCUGUCGCUGUGGGGAGUUCCAUCCGAUUGAAUCCCGCGGCUUGUUUGCCAUCAUUGAUCCAUUCAUUCGAGUCGAGUCGACCCAACCCGCCGACCCGCGCGUCUUCUGCUUCGCCACCAUCGAUCUGGACGUAGCCACUCCGCUGCCCAACUUUUCCCCGCUGGUCGAUUAGUAGCACGAGCAAGACUUAUCACUGUCCUCGGCGUCCAAACAGUCGCGCCCGGGCGCAAAUUUACCAGAGGCUCUCAGCAGUCAACGGCGUCAGCGACGAGGCGUGUGAGACAUCAACGCGGCCAUGGAUAGCAGCUAUGUGCGCAGGAAGGACACCACCAAGGGCCCUCCCCUCCGGGUUCUUUCUUUAGAUGGAGGAGGAGUGCGCGGCUAUAGCAUCUUUAUCAUACUCCAAGAAAUCAUGCACAGGACGUUUGUCGAGAUCGAAGGGCGUGCCCCGCGCCGCUCCGAAAUCCCGAAGCCGGCCGACCACUUUGACCUCAUCGUGGGCACGGGCACGGGCGGACUGAUCGCUCUUAUGCUUGGGCGUUUGCGACUUGACCUCGAGACGUGCAAGGAGCUGUACGUGCGCCUGACACGUAUGGUUUUUGAGACGGACAAGACGAUACUCGGAAUACCCACGCGGUCGACUCUUUUCAAGGCCUCGAUGCUCGAGCUCGCCAUCAAGGAGGCCGUGAGGGAACACACAAUCGACGAGGCCGAGGGCAAUGACGGAUCCGAGUCACCGGCCACGAGCAACAUAAACCCCUCCCAUCGUAACAGAUUAUCGCGCCCGAACGGUCAGGGAUACCCUCGCAGGCAUUCCAGCAAUGCGAGCGUUGUCAGCUUCAGCGCCAGGAGUCCAACAACGCAGAUGGCCCGCCCAGCAUACAACUCGCGGGGAGGCGACCCGGAAGCCAGUCUCUACGACGCACGAGAGCACAGAACGAAAACGGCUGUCACCGCCGUAUACAAGGGCACCCAGAAAGGCGCCGAGCCGGCGAUACUAAGAUCUUACGAUUCAAGGAAGGAGCCGGCGCCAGAGUUCGAUUGCAGGAUCUGGGAAGCGGGAAGGGCGACGUGCGCCAUCGGCCUCGCGUUCAAACCCAUCCGAAUCGGCCAGUCGAUGUUCCACGAUGACGGUGCCGGCACCUUCAACCCCGCGAUACAGGCCCUGGACGAGGCCGUAGUCAACGAGUGGCCGGGUCGUGAAGUCGGCGUUUUCAUCAGCGUAGGAACGGGAAAGCGCCCCAAGAGUAGCGAUGCGAACCAGUCGGUUUGGUAUGAGGGCUUUCUGGGCGAGUUUGCCGAGGCGAGGAGGAAGCUGAUCGCCAAGAUCGAGGGGUGCGAGACCAUCCACCAGUACGUCUACAAGGAGCACCUCAUCAAGCGUGGCGUCAACGUCGAGAACUACUAUCGCCUCAACGUGGAGAUGGGCGUGGGGGAGUUUGGUAUGAACGAGUGGCACCGCCUCGCCGAUAUCAGCACAGGCACGAGGCAGUACUUGGGCCGUCGCGACGAGAAUAGCAUGGUUCAGGGCGCCUCGGCGAAGCUCGCCAAGAUUCACCGUGCCAAGAUGCGAUGGGAACGCGUAGGCCCCGUGCCGGAGCUGAUUCAGACGCCGUCCGAGGUCUCGAUGCCGUUCGCGGUCGAACUGCCAGGCGACAUGCCCGCCGGCCCGCCGAACGGCCCGCCGAGCUAUGGCCACGCCCCCAUGACACCCUCGAGCAGGCAGUCAUAUGAGUCGGGACGGGACAGUCUCGGUGUGCCUGUGUCGGCCUCUUCUCCACGGAGUUCGGGAGACCGUUUGACAGACCGCCCGUUGCCGGCUCCGCCCGCCGGCGCCAUGGCGGGUCUUCCGACUGGAAUCCGUCCCGCAGGAACGGGCAGUCCGCGGCAACCGUCCCAUCAACAGACCCCGUCGAUGGCGGGCAGCACCCUCAGCACUGUCAGCGCGCUGACAGAUUCGGAGGAUGAUGGGGACCGUCUCGUGGAGAAGGCACCGACGCCGGCUCAAUGGCGGAACGCGACGGGGCAAGACAAGAUCGCCAUCAUGGGGGCUGACGAGCAGCCAAGGCGUCGCGCGGAUGACAGGAACAGGGCGGGUACGCUUCGGCCGCCUCACGGAGCUCACCCGAACUACCCGCCUCCGCUCCCACCCAAGACACCCCUUCCAGAGCACCAAGCCGCCGGCGGGCGACGACCGGGGGCCCCGACGCUGCCCUACCCGAUGGAGGACGAGCCCCCGCCGGUUGUCGACAUGGCGAGGAAGCCCAAGUAUCGCGAAAGACCUUGAAGGCCGCAUCAAACCUUCCCCUUUUUCUGGCCUUUCCUUCGUCGUUAUUUCUUGAUGACACCCUUGUCUCUUCCACAAAUCCCUGAUGAUGACUUGGCGACAAACGAAGGCGUCUGGGCUGUCAAUUUCUCUCAUAUGACUGGUUCAUUUCCGUCUUUCCAUGAUCUGGCUGUUGUGCCUGUCAACGAUUUCUUUUUCCCAUUGUCUAUUCAUUUCCGCGGAUACCAUUAUACAGCAACUGUUUUCCACUUUCUACCGGUAUCGUUCCAUAGGUAGUUACACUUGAUAAAUGUCCGG